GUGUUUGGAUUAAAACGUGGUUCCGAAGUGUAGAAUAAGUAUUAAACGUAGUAAUUUUGGUGGAAAAAAAAUAGUGUUGGUAUCUUUUUUAAAGGUGUUUUUGACCGAUAAAUUGUUUUGUAUUAUUUGAAAAUUGUCAUUUAAAUAGUAGAAGGAAUUGUAACAAUAAUAAUAAUAUUCCUGCGAAGAAAAAAACGAAGUAGAAAAAAGCAUUCGGAGUGGAAAAGUAGUUGAAAAGUUUUCUAAAAAAAAAAAUUGCCAUCUGACAAUAAAACUAAGGCAAAAUGAAACGAGGUGCGAAAACAGUGAAUAAUCGUGUGUAUGCAGCCACACCGGGUGAUGAAAUUGUUAUAAGUGGAAUAAGUGGGAAAUUUCCGAGUGCAAAGAAUGUUGGAGAAUUCGCAGCCAAUCUAUAUCAAAAGGUGGAUAUGGUGACUGAAUCAGAAAAACGUUGGCCAAACUAUCAUGAAGAAAUACCAGCUCGAAUGGGUGUAAUUGAUAAUAUUGAAAAAUUCGAUGCUACUUUCUUCGGUGUACCAUACAAGCAAACAAACAGCAUGGACCCACAAUGCAGAUUGUUAAUCGAGACCGCAUAUGAAGCAAUUUUAGAUUCGGGCAUUUGUCCUAAAUCGGUGCGUGGAUCGAAAACUGGCGUUUUUAUUGGGGCAUGUUUUGGUGAAUCUGAAAAGGCAUUUUUCUAUGAUCCAAAUCAUAUUACACCCUCGGGCCUGGGCAUUACAGGGUGUAGCCGUGCGAUGCUUGCAAAUCGUGUCUCAUACUGUUUGGGAUUGACAGGCCCAUCAUUUAUGCUCGAUACGGCAUGUUCAAGUUCAAUGUACGCUUUAGAUGCAGCCUUUUCUGCUAUACGAAAUGGUGAAUGUGAUGCUGCUAUAGUUGGUGGAUCAAAUCUUUGUUUGCAUCCUUAUACAACACUUCAAUUUGCAAGAUUGGGUGUCAUUGCAAAAGAUGGAUAUUGCCGCCCAUUUGAUCAUAAAGCUUCUGGUUAUACUCGUUCAGAGGCAAUUUGUGUAAUGUAUUUGCAGCGAGCAAAAGAAGCAAAACGUAUUUAUGCCAAUGUGGUUUACUCAAAAGCAAAUUGUGAUGGAUACAAAAUUGAAGGUAUUACGUAUCCAUCGGGAGAAGUGCAACAGGCAUUACUAGCCGAAUUUUAUGAUGACCUUCAAAUGGAUCCAACCACAAUUUCAUAUGUAGAAGCGCACUCGACGGGUACAUUUGUGGGCGAUCCUCAAGAGUGCCAGGCAUUGGACAAUAUAUUUUGUCGUAAUCGUAGUGAACCUUUGCUAGUCGGUUCGGUUAAAUCAAAUAUCGGACAUUCUGAAUCGAGUUCUGGGGCUUGUUCGAUUGCUAAAGCUGUUUUGACAUUCGAGAAUGGAAAAGUUCCACCGAAUAUUAAUUUCGAAAAGGUGCGAACAUCGAUUGAAGCAUUGAAUCAAAAACGAAUGAUCGUUUGUAACGAAACGACACCUUUCGUUGGAGAUCACAUCGCAAUAAAUUCAUUUGGAUUCGGAGGUGCAAAUGCUCAUGCGUUGUUGGCAAAGAAUCCAAAAACUAAAAUCAAUGGAGGAUCACCCAACGAUAAUAUACCACGAUUAGUUAAUUGGGCUGGGCGUACCGAAGAUGCUGUAAAUACAAUGUUAAAUGCAUUGGAAUCUCAACCACUUGAUGCCGAAUUUAUCGGUCUUUUGCAUAACGUCCAAUCAGAAGAGGUACAAGGUUAUCUGCAUCGCGGAUACACAAUUCUCAGUAAAAGCAAUUCACCGCCGCCGACAAGUGUCGGUAAUGCAUUGAGUUUGGCGCGUGCAACAAAACGUGCAGAUGGCAAUAAAUUGGCGGUGGUUUGGAUGUUCAGUGGAAUGGGCUCUCAAUGGGCCACUAUGGGCAAAUCUUUAAUGAUUUUUCCGCAAUUCCGUGAAACUAUUGAACUUUGCCACAAAGUUCUCGAGCCGUUUGGUGUUGAUUUAUUAUCAGUGAUUUGUUCAGAUGAUCCACAAACAUUCAAUCACAUUGUAAAUGCUUUCAUCGGAAUCUCAUGCAUUCAAAUUGGUCUCGUAAACAUACUUCGAUUGCUAGACGUUCCAAUGGAUUAUUGCAUCGGACAUUCAGUUGGUGAAUUGGGCGUAGCCUAUGCAGAUGGAACACUAACAGCUGAACAAACGAUGCUUUGUUCGUAUGCACGUGGGGUAGUUAGCUUCGAAACAAAAGUGGCAGAAGGAUCAAUGGCCGCUGUUGGUCUUGGCUAUGAGAAAAUCGUAAACAUGCUACCGUCAAGCAUUGAAGCGGCAUGUCAUAAUUCAAACAUAUCAACAACAAUAUCAGGACCGAAAAUAGAUGUUGCCCAAUUCGUUGAUGAACUGAAAUCAAACGGAGUUUUUGCAAAAGAAGUUCAAUGCUCAAACAUUCCAUACCAUUCAAAAUACAUCAGUGAAAUGGGACCGAAAUUGUUGAAUAAACUAAAAGGAAUCAUUCCAGCGCCACUGACUCGAUCAGCAAAAUGGCUCAGUACAAGUGUUCCCGAAUCCGAAUGGCACGUGCCCGAAAAUAAUUUAAGUUCGGCAGAAUAUCACACAAACAAUCUACUCAAGCCCGUUUUAUUCGAAGAGACCGCUCGAUUGUUGCCAUCGCAAGCGAUUAUCAUUGAAAUUGCUCCACACGGUUUACUGCAAGCCAUUGUUAAAAAAUCCAUGCCAGACGCUAUUCACAUUCCGCUCACACAACGUGGUCAUGCAAACAAUUCCGUUUUCUUUUUGUCUGCUUUGGGAAAAAUGUUUUUGAAUGGUCUUACUCUACCGAUUGAACGGCUCUAUCCGAAGAUUGAGUUUCCGGUUUCACGAGGAACACCAAUGAUUUCGCCAUUGAUCAAAUGGGACCAUACAGAAGAUUAUUUUGUGAUGAAAUUUUCCAUUCAAAAAGGCGGACACAGUGGUGAACGGAAAGUGUCUCUUUCAUUAGAUGAGGAUGCUUACAUUUCUGGACAUAUUAUUGAUGGUCGAGUGAUUGUACCUGGUACAUUAUAUUUACAAUUG